UACCACUCCAUUUCAUUUUCCCUCUGUACCAUUUUCUCUCCAAUACUCUCUAUUUUGAGCCAGCUUUCACUCCUCGCUCUCUCUCAGGAUCAUGGAUUCAUACACACUGAAGUCCGUUUUAGAUUUGCCUGCACAUUUUCGUUCAGCUUUUAAAUUCAGGUACUUCAAUUCGCUGCAAAGUGAAUGCUUUCCUGUUUGCUUCCAUUCCGAUGCAAACAUGGUUAUUUCAGCACCAACAGGAAGUGGUAAAACGGUGCUCUUUGAGCUUUGCAUUUUGAGGCUUCUCUCAAAGUUCAUCUCUGAAGAUGGGAGGUUCAUCCAUAUAAAGGGAACCCUCAAAACAAUCUAUAUAGCCCCAUCUAAGGCCUUAGUACAAGAGAAGCUCCGUGAUUGGAAGGAGAAGUUUGGAUCAUGGGGGAUAAAUUGCCUGGAGUUGACUGGUGAUAAUGAAUUUUACAACAUAAAGAAUAUUCAAGAUGCUGAUAUCGUUCUAACUACUCCUGAGAAAUUUGAUGCUGUGACUCGUUAUCGCAUAAAAGACGGUGGCUUGAGCUUUUUCAGUGAUAUAGCACUUCUACUUAUUGAUGAAGUUCACCUAUUAAACGAUCCACGUGGAGCCACUUUGGAGGCAAUAGUUAGCAGAAUAAAAAUGCUUUCUCGCAACCCAGAGCUGAGAUCAAGUCCUCUUGCUCAUGUCCGCUACCUUGCUGUGUCUGCCACGAUUCCAAAUGUUGAGGACCUUGCUGAAUGGCUUUUGGUUCCUGUCCAAGGAAUUAAAAGGUUUGGGGAAGAAAUGAGGCCUGUCAAGUUGACUACUAAAGUUUUUGGCUACACCCCAGCCAAAAAUGACUUUCUAUUUGAGAAGCGCCUUCAAAACUAUAUUUUUGAUGUUCUUAUGCAAUUUUCAAGGGGAAAAUCUGCUCUGGUUUUUUGUUCAACUAGAAAGGGAGCACAAGAAGCAGCACAAUGCCUCUCUCAGAUAGCAAUGACCUUUGGAUAUUCAAAUCCAUUCAUUAAAAGCAAUGAACAGAAGGAAAGGCUAAGGGAAGCAUCACUAUCAUGCAGUGAUAAACAAAUGCAAUCUUAUAUCAUUUUUGGUGUUGGUUAUCACAAUGGUGGGCUUUGCUUGAAGGAUCGCAAUCUCAUUGAAGGUCUUUUUCUUAAGGGCGAUAUUCAAAUUCUGUGCACUACAAAUACUCUUGCCCAUGGGAUCAACCUACCAGCACACACAGUAGUGAUAAAAUCAACGCAGCACUUCAACAAGGAAAAAGGUCUCUACAUGGAAUAUGACCGAUCCACAAUAUUACAGAUGUGCGGGAGGGCAGGCCGGCCACCAUUUGAUGAUACAGGAAUGGUUAUAAUCAUGACAAGAAAAGAAACAGUACAUUUGUAUGAGAAUCUAUUGAAUGGAUGUGAAGUGGUGGAAUCGCAAUUGCUUCCAUGUGUGACAGAGCACUUAACUGCAGAGAUAGUUCAACUGACCGUCUCUGAUAUUACAAAAGCAAUUGAAUGGAUGAAGUGCUCAUAUUUGUAUGUCAGAAUGAAAAAGAACCCUGAGAAUUAUGCAGUUAAAAAAGGGACUUCAAUUGACCGUAUAGAGAGGCAUAUGCAAGAGAUUUGUGUCCAGAAAGUUAAUGAGUUAUCCCAACAUCAAAUGAUCUGGACUGAUGAAGAUGGUUUCCUCUUGAAGUCACUAGAUCCUGGAAAGUUGAUGACAAAGUACUAUUUGAAAUUUGACACAAUGAAACACAUUAUGCAGACCCCUGUAAACUGCACUAUAGAAGAUGCACUUCAUAUCAUAUGCCGUGCUGAGGAAAUUGCUUGGAUACAGCUCAGACGCAAUGAGAAGAAACUUCUAAAUGACAUAAACAUUGACAAAGAUGGCCGACUUCGCUUUCACCUCCUUGAUGAUAAGGGGAAACGGAAAAAGCGUAUCCAAACUAGAGAAGAAAAAAUAUUUAUUUUGGCAAAUGAUUGCUUGACUGGUGAUCCUUCAGUUCAUGAUUUAUCCCUGAGCCAGGACAUGAAUUCUAUAUGCUCAAAUGGGAGUAGAAUUGUGAAGUGCAUGAAAGAGUAUUUCAUUUACAAGAAGAAUUAUAAAGGAGCCUUGAAUUCAACACUCUUAGCGAAAUCCUUGUAUCAAAAACUCUGGGAUGAUAGUCCAUACUUGCUGAAACAAUUACCUGGCAUUGGAAUGGUGACCGCCAAGGCACUGCAUUCAAUGGGAAUUAACUCAUUUGAGACUUUAGCUGAAGCUGAUCCAAGGAGGAUAGAGAUAGUCACUGGUCGAAAAUAUCCAUUCGGAAACCAUAUUAAGGAUUCCUUACAUUCACUACCUCCAAAAGUCGACAUGAAGGUUGAGGAAAUUGAGUGCCAGAGGCAGGGAAAGUCCAAGCUGGUAUUAACAUUGACUAGGCUAACACAAUCAGUGCAACCAACAAAAAGACAUUAUGCUGAUAUGAUUGUUGGUUCAGAAGAGGAGAACUUGAUUAUCUUCCAUGAGAAAAUAAGCAGACUGGAAGAGUUCUCCAGCCCCUAUAGUGCAGCAAUUCUCCUGUCAAAUCCUCAUCAAGGAAAGCUGACUAUUAAGGCUGAUCUUAUUUUUGAAGAGUACAGUAUGGCCUCAGCCAUUAUAUGUCUAACUUAUUUUGCGUUUGUUUAUACUGGCAUUGGAUUCCAGACUAAGAGUUCAUUUUGUAUCAUCAUUCAUGUAGUUGGUAUUGAUCUCCGCCAAAAACUUUUAUUGAUGAAAGAGAACAAUUUAAGCAUGAAUUAUAAAAAGAGAAAUAAGCAGCCUUCCUUUUUUCCUCUGCCUGAGGAAGUAUACAUCAUAGAUGAUGAUGAACCUACAUCUCGAGCUCCAGCCAAAGAGCAUAACAGAUCAGUCAACUCUGAAAGGAAAAAUGAUUCCUUGCCCACUUUCAACCUCCUAGAUGAAGAGAUGGGGGAAGGUGAGCCUGAUGUUGAAGAUAAAGAAGAUGAUUGCAAAAUCAUCACUGAAAAAACAGUGUUUGAUCACAUACGUGAAAAAUCCAAAAACUUUCCUAUCUUCGCUGCAUCAAGUAGUGCCUGUUCUCCAUUAUCAGAGACCUUGAUUUUCACAAGAAAGCAAACUCGUGAGAAGCAGCUUGAACUCCAAAGUGAAGUAGAAGUUCUGGAAGAGACAGACAGAAACAAGAUUCCACGACAGAGUGUGGUCAAUCCUUCUUCAGAAACCAUAGAGGCAGAAGACUAUGGACUUGGUACUUACAAAUGUAUGACUCCAAAUCACCACAUUACUGCCAGAAGCUUAGAUACCAUGAUCGAAGGCGGGCCUCCUCCAGAAUCUGCGGAAAGCACAUUGAAAACUUCAAUUGAGGAAUCAAUAUUUGAUCAUAUACGGAGAAAAUCUAAGAAUUUCCCUGUUAUCAAUAAAUCAAAGACCAAGGAUUUUGAGUCUUUACUCUGGACAAAGGAACAUUUCUCUGACAGUCAGGCCGACUCUAGUAGUGCUUCCUCUGAAAUAUUGAAAGAGAUGAAUCCAGAUAAAGUCCUAAGAACUUCAGAUUCGGAAAGCACAGAGGUCAAACACAACAUAUAUUUUGGAAGCUCCUAUGGGUUGCUGAAUCUUCCUCCAAGAGUUUCAAGCACCAAUGCUGAUUCAUCAUCUACUAAGAUGCUGUCAUUUGAUAUUUCCAUGUUAAAGAAUAGAGAGCAGUUAGCAGAACCAGUGAGCUCCAUGAAAAGUAGCAGCAAACAGCAAUGCUCUCCAAGAGAAUCUAAAAGGCAGCAGUGUUCUCCAAAUGAAUUCAAAAGACAGUGCUGCUCAAUGGAAACAACUAGCGAAACCAAGGAAGCAGAUUCAUUUCUUGGGUUUAAGAGUGUCUUUUCAUUUCUCUGAAUCUCUGAUUCCUCUCUUGCCAGAGCAUUAAAGCAUUGCAUAAGCUUCUAAACCUUAAAAUGAUAUUUCAUGACUAAUGUAGCAAUGUACAUGAAAUUAGAAUUUAAUCUGACGGUGCAGGUUGGCCCCUGUACUCUAAAAGCUGCAUCACUCUACCUGAUGCAGAUACCUAGGGUCAAACAGGAGUUAUAAUCAAUGUCAAUUCAUCUGGCAACCUUGUGAAUAAAUGCAUACCAUGACAGACAGAGCAGCGA